CUUCGAAAGGGGCGCGGGAAGCGUUCCUUUGCUGGUGGCUGUGGGUGUGGGUCUACCUUGAGCAGCGUCCAACAAGCUUAGAGGACAGAAGCAAGGACAGGACGCCCUCCUCCCCAUCCCCAGCCAGAACUGCGGCUCUUGGAUGCCAGGGUGGGCAGAGGGGAGAGGGGAUGGGAAGUUGGGAGAGGAGGCAGUAGGACCCGGCGGGAGCUUCCUUAGCCUGGGAGGGAGCCGGGCUGGAGUAAAGCUGGGAGGGAGAGAAAAAAAAAGGGAAGGUGAUGAGGACCUGCUUCCGCACUUGCAGCACCUCACGAGUUGCAAGGCUUGGGGGGACCGAAGCUGGAGUCUAUAAAAGGAGCCUAUCUGCGCCGUGGCUCCCACGCUCUUCCCGGGUUGGCGCACUCAGCGUCCCGCUCGCUCCCUAGACAACUGCCCCGUCCCCUCGGACCGCGCCAGACCCCCCCCAGACCCGUGUGGCAUGGCUCACAGGGGUGCCCGUGGGACCGAUGUGGUGGCGAAGGCGGUGCGGCUGGAGCAGCUGCAGCCACAAUCCUCGAGUCCCCCCUCUUAUGACUCUGUCUCCGCGGGGCAGCUCGCCGGAGUGGCCAGCGCUUGAAAAGCAGGGGCGCGGCUGCCCGACCUCACCCCAUCCUACUCUGGUGGCCACAACCGCCGCUGGGACCUGCCCCAGCUUGGGGAAUGGGGGCUGGAGGGUGGAAGCGGGCAUGCAAGACCAGGACCUCUCGCUGGGCUGCAAGCUCUGCUCUGGACAGCUAGGAAACUCCUGCGGGCUGAAGCUGCACAACCAGGAGCGCCCAGGUUAGGAGACGCUCAGCCCCGCGUAGUUGGGGUAAGAGACCCCACCUGGCUGAUGCUCCCUCCUUUUCAAACAGUACAUCGCCCUCCUUCCCCAAAAGCCCGGGUGCGAGCAGGAGCCUAGCGGGGACUAGUCCUUAGCAAACCCGGGCUAAGACGGGGCGUGGAGAGGAGCCGCUGGAGGCGCGGUGGUAGCGCCUGGCGCACGGCAAGUGCAGGGGACGCGCUCGCCAGCCCGGGCUGCCUCGCCCUUGACCUAGCGUUGCAGCUUCCAGGAGUUAAGGAUCCCGCAGAACAGACUAGCAAGGAGGGCUUGGUGGGUGGGCAAGACGGUGGCUUCUUUGGCGGCUCUUCAGUCCUCUCCCUCGUCCGCUCCAUGCCCCAGAGCUGCGCUCCUAAGCCGAGGCUAGGUUAGACAUGGAGGAAUCGGGCGCUUCGUGCGCCCAACCGCCGCCUGCAGACUCCCAGACCCGGGUGUCUCCAGCCAACAUCUCAGCCGCUGCUCCCUCCCAUAACUGCAGCGCCGAGGGCUACAUUUACCAGGACUCCAUCGCCCUGCCCUGGAAAGUACUACUCAUCUUGCUGCUGGCGCUAAUCACCUUGGCCACCACGCUUUCCAACGCCUUUGUGAUCGCCACCGUGUACCGGACCCGGAAGCUGCACACCCCGGCCAACUACCUGAUCGCCUCCCUGGCGGUCACCGACCUGCUCGUCUCCAUCCUGGUGAUGCCCAUCAGUACUAUGUACACAGUCACCGGCCGCUGGACGCUGGGCCAGGUGGUCUGCGACUUCUGGCUGUCUUCGGACAUCACCUGUUGCACCGCUUCCAUCCUGCACCUCUGUGUCAUCGCCUUGGACCGCUACUGGGCCAUCACGGACGCCGUGGAGUACUCAGCUAAAAGGACUCCCCAGAGGGCGGCGGUCAUGAUCGUGCUGGUGUGGGUUUUCUCCAUCUCCAUUUCGCUGCCGCCCUUCUUCUGGCGCCAGGCCAAGGCCGAGGAGGAAGUGAAUACCUGCGUGGUGAAUACCGACCAUAUCCUCUACACCGUCUACUCCACGGUGGGCGCUUUCUACUUCCCCACCCUGCUCCUCAUCGCCCUCUAUGGCCGCAUCUAUGUGGAAGCCCGCUCCCGCAUUUUGAAACAGACUCCCAACCGGACCGGCAAGCGACUGACUCGCGCCCAGCUGAUAACUGACUCCCCGGGGUCCACGUCCUCGGUCACUUCCAUUAACUCGAGGGCUCCCGACGUGCCUAGCGAAUCGGGGUCUCCAGUGUAUGUGAACCAAGUCAAAGUGCGCGUUUCGGAUGCCCUGCUGGAGAAGAAGAAACUCAUGGCCGCUAGGGAGCGCAAAGCCACCAAGACUCUGGGGAUCAUUUUGGGAGCUUUUAUUGUAUGCUGGCUGCCCUUCUUCAUCAUCUCCCUGGUAAUGCCUAUCUGCAAGGAUGCCUGCUGGUUCCACCUGGCCAUCUUCGACUUCUUCACAUGGCUGGGCUAUCUCAACUCCCUCAUCAACCCCAUCAUCUAUACUAUGUCCAAUGAGGACUUCAAACAAGCGUUUCAUAAACUGAUACGCUUUAAGUGCACGAGUUGACUUGUCAAUUGCAGUGGGGUCGUCUAAGCGGCCUUUUUUUUUGGGGGGGGGGCAUGCUGUGUUUGGUUCCACAGGUAGGUCGUCUCUACUUUCACUUUCUGGGUCGAAGUGAAGCUCACUCCUGGCCAGAGCAGUGGAUCCUGAGAAGCCAGGAAAACCCCCCUCCCCCCAACACACACACAGAGCCCUGAAAGAACUGUUCACACUAAAGCUUCCCUGCUGUGAAGGAGACUUACUUCCUCCUCUCCAGACCCAGGUUCGACACUGACCCUGCAAUAGCCAAUCACAGUGGAGGUCGCGACUUUGUAAAAGUCAAUGAUGGGAAGGGGAUUCCAGCCCUGCUUGGGUAGCAUGGAUGAUGCCCUCUAGAAUCAAUGGUACUUGUAGUUGUUAUCUGAAGCUUGUCUGAGACAGAUCUACUUACAGCCUGGCAGUACUUGAACUUGACACUUAACGCCCUGUGUUUUGGGGAGAACUUUGUGUUACAGCUUCAUUUAAGAACAGUUACUUUGGCAUCCUUCAGUCUUCAGUGUUCAUUUAUUUAAAAUUUGGUUGGACAAACUUGUGGAUUUGGUGCUUCAAACCCUAUGUGGGGCUUGAAUGAUGCAGAGCAACCUUGAAGAGUUAAAAAGAAAAAUUCUGGUGUUAAGAUCUCUAUUUUUAUUAUAAUUGAAACUAUAUGGGGUGGGUGGGAGGGAAUGGGGGAUGGGGAAAGUUUAAC